CAGCCGAGCGGAGCGGAGCCGGGUAGCGGCGGCGAGCGGUGCUCCGUGCCAUCCGCUGCCGGGCCGCGGCGGCCGCGCUCCGGGUCGCCAGCCGGAGUCGGCGAGAAGGAGGGAGGGAGGGAGAACGGACGCCCGCCGCCCAGCCGCGCUGCUGCCGGGCACCGCUUUCCGCGGAGGACUGCGCGGGAGAUCCGCGAGACGGAGGCUGUCCGCCGCCCCGACAUGGCGAUCGCAAGGCAAGUGCUUUGUCUCUCUGCUUUCCUCUCCCUGCCGCACGCUCGCUCCGAGCCCAUCCGCUACUCCGUAGCCGAGGAGGGGGAGAGCGGCUCCGUGGUAGCGAACGUGGCGGAGGACGCGGGGCUGGCCCCGGCGCAGCUCUCGGCUCGCCGCGCCCGCCUGGCCUCGGAGGACGGCCGGCAGCACUUUCGCUUAGACCGCGGCACCGGCCGCCUCGUCGUGGCCGAGAGGCUGGACCGGGAGCAGCUGUGCGGGCAGUCCGGGACGUGCACGCUCCCCUUCGAGCUCCUGCUGGCAAACCCCCUGCAGUUCUUUCGGGUCGAGGUGACCGUGGAGGACAUCAAUGACCAUUCGCCCGUUUUCCCCGAGCAACAGGUCACUUUUAAGAUCCCGGAAAGGAGUGACCCGGGCUCGCGUUUCCCGCUGGAGGGGGCUCGGGACCUGGAUAUUGGCAGCAACAGCAUCCAGGCUUACAGCAUCUCUCCCAAGAACGAGUACUUUAGUGUCUCCUUUGGGAGUCGGAGGAAUGGUGACAAAUAUGUGGAACUGGUUUUGGAAAAGCCACUAGACAGAGAGGAGCAGGCGGAGAUGCACUUCAGUCUCAUUGCCAUGGAUGGAGGCACUCCACCCAGGAGCGGGACCACCCAAGUCCACAUUGUUGUUCUAGAUGUAAAUGACAACUCUCCGGUCUUCACACAGGAGCGGUAUGUUGGCCAGGUAUUGGAAAAUGCUCCGGAGGGCUCUGUGGUUGUCAAGGUGGUGGCAUCCGAUCUGGAUGCGGGACCUAACGGGGCCAUCUCCUAUCAAUUCAGCCAAGCGGUGGGCCAGAGCCCCUCGGCAUUUGUCAUUGACCCUGUGAGCGGUGAAAUUAGACUCACAAAGCCUCUGGACUUUGAGGUGGCAGAGAAUCACGAGCUCAGCGUGCGGGCCACGGACGGCGGGGGCCUCUCAGCAAUCUGCAAGGUGUUGGUGGAGGUGAUGGAUGUGAAUGACAACGCGCCGGAGCUGGUGGUCAGUUCCUUCAGCAGCCCCCUCCCCGAGAGCGCAUCACCCGGGACGGUGGUCGCCCUCUUCACGGUCAGGGACCGGGAUGCUGGUGCCAACGGGAAGAUCACCUGUGCCCUGGAAGACCAGCUGUCGUUCUCCCUGCGACCAGCCUACAAGAAUUACUAUGAGCUGGUGACCGUGAGCGCGCUGGACCGGGAGGAGACGGCGCGGUACAUCCUCACUGUCACAGCAGCAGACGCGGGGUCACCUCCUCUCACGACCACCCAGACCUUCACGGUGGACAUCUCUGAUGUGAACGACAACGCGCCUGUCUUCAACCAGACUUCGUACACCAUGUACGUGCGUGAGAACAAUGUGCCCACGGCGCUCGUUGGAGCCAUCAGCGCCUCGGAUGCCGACGUGGGGCCCAAUGCCAAGGUGACCUAUUCCCUGGCCCCAGCGCACCCAGCAGAGCAGCCUCCCUGCUCCUGUAUCUCUGUGAACUCUGAGAACGGGCACGUGUUUGUGCUGCGGCCCCUGGACUACGAGCAUGUGAGGCAGAUUGAGGUCUCAGUGAGCGCCUCUGACGCGGGGUCGCCUCGCCUUAGCGCCAACGUGACCGUCCGCCUUGUCGUGGUGGACGAGAAUGACAAUGCGCCUCUGGUGCUGCACCCCGCCCAGGACAGCAGCCCACCGUCCAGCGAGCUGGUGCCCGUUUCGGCUGAGGCGGGGUACCUCGUCACCAAAGUGGUGGCUGUUGAUGCCGACUCGGGGCAGAACUCGUGGCUCCCAUACCACUUGCUGAAGGCCAGCGACCCCGGGCUGUUUGCGGUGGGUGCCCAAAGCGGGGAGGUGCGGCUGAGGAGGCCAGUGACGGAGAGGGACGCCGUGAAGCAGAAGCUCGUCAUCCUGGUGCGAGACAACGGGCGGCCACCGCUGUCAGCCACUGCGGCACUGAGCGCACUCCUGCUCAGUGACUUCUCGGAGGUGCGCCUACCGCAGAGCAGCCUGGCCACGGAGGACGAGGGCAGCUCCCUGACCACCUAUUUAAUCAUUUCAUUGGUCUUUGUCUCGGUCCUCUUCCUCGCGUCCACGGUCGCCUUCGUCACUCAUAAGGUGUGCAAGAGAAAGGAGCUGAAGGGUGGGCACGUGCUUUACGGCACCGGCAACUUGCAGAGCAGCCUGGCCGAGGCGGCCAAUGCGGGGACCCUGCCCCACGCCUAUUGCUACGAGGUCAGCCUCACAACAGGCUCGGGCAACAGCGAGUUCAAGUUCCUCAAGCCCAUCCUCCCCAGCCUGCCACCUCAGCACUGUGCCAGGGGCGGGGGCGCCGAUGAUGAACAGGAUUUGCCCCGGGGCCCUAUCACCAUGGAGGACGUGGCACCAGACAACCCAGGGACACUCUCUGCCGAACCAUUCAACAGUCUUUCCUUUACCUAGCGUGGAGUCAGCACAGCCAGAGGCUUCACGCCUCGUCACAGGAAGGGAUCCAGGCUACAGCUUGUGGCAACGCUUCCUGCAGAGUUAAUCUGCAUUUGCAAUUGGCAUCCCUGGUUUCCCUCAAAUUCUAAGUCAGAAGAAAGGUUGUCCCCCCCUCCAUAAUAAAUCAACAAACAAAGAACGAAGCAAAAGAACCUCAGGGCUCCCUCACUCCGGAAAUGUUUCAGCUCUGUUACAGCCAUUUCUGAAAUGCUUCAAGAGUGGGGUUAGUUGCAGGGCCCCCGGCUAUGUUCUUGUCUCCCUUGUUGUUAGGCAAGACCAUGGACCUCUUGCUCUGUGCUGUAAUGAAAUGGCAAGGUCGGGCAGACAGAUCACAUGCUCGCUGAAAUGCACGUAGCCCUCCUCCCAGGUCAGGAAAGCAAGGAAGUUGUGAGUACUGUGUCACAAUGUGAUGCAAGCUCGAGGUUCUCCCUUUUGUGGGUCCUGCAUGUCUCCAUCUGAGGUGCGUGGGCUCUGUGUGUUUUGCCCUCUGGUCACUAUGUCUGUCCGUACAGCCGUUGUGUGUCUGCAUGUGCUGCACUAGGGCUGCCCAGUGAAGCAUGGAGCUGCUCACGUCUAACUAUUGUGAUGUGCUCAGCAGUCUAGAAGGGUAUUGUGACCCUUUGAGUAGAUCAGUGUCAUUACCUCUAAGGGAGAGGAAAACAACACACUAGAUUUCUAUCUGGUGAUAACAGAUUGCCUUGGAAAUAUAGCAACAGGAAUGGUGUUGGCAUAGCCUAUAACUGUACAGAGUUGUGAAAAUAUGUUCGUUAUGUUUGGGUUCUCAAGUUGCUGCAAGCAAUUUUGUUGGAAGGUGGAACUGAGGUGAACUUGGAAAAGGGCAUCGGGGUGGGUCUCAUCAUUGUUGUUCCCCCAUUCAGAGGCUUCUUGAUGGGAGUGGAAAGCUGUCCCGAUAUGAUUGUCUGGGUUUGUGCAAGAGCAUUUGCAUCCUCCUUUUUGCCCUUUCUCCUUCUACUCUGUGAACUGCCUGUCAGCAUUGUCUUGCCUAUUCCCCUUAAGAAGGAGUGUCACCACACGUGUCAUAGCAAAUUGUUUGAAUGAAGGCGGUGUGGCACGGAAUAUUCGGAAGCCCUCACGCUGUGUUGUGCUGCAGUUCUGAACUGUACUGUUGUAAAGCAGUGUACCCUUGUGUGUAACAAUGCAAUAAAGAGAACACCCAAA